AUGGACAGUUUCCCAGGUGUGUUUGGUACUGAGCUUCUCGGCUCCCAUGUUACCGAGGAUCUCAAGGCGGCCGACAUCCUGGUCAAAAUACACCGCGUGACGGCCUUCUGGCUCAGAUACGAAUCCCUUCGGCAUUCCGCGGGAGAGGACGCCCUUCAAAUCAGCGUUAUCUUGCGAUGGCCAAAAACGCAUGAGAUGAUCCGCCAGGUCCGUAUGAUGGGCAACAUGCGGCACGUCGAGGUACUCGAGAUCCUCGAUCAGACCGUCGAGACCAUGACCAAGAAGGAGUUCACGGUGGAUUACUUCAAGCUGGAUUGGGAGGUGCAGACUUUCGUUGAGAGACUAAGAAUGUCGAUGUUUGACGCAUGUUUACUGAGCUCCCCGGAGGAUGGUGUCGACAAAUUCAUCGAAAAGCCCGGUGCCACCGAGCUUCUUGGCCUAGCGAUUGAAAAGGCCUUUCUCGCCACCGCUCAUCAGCUCAAUGACCCACUGAAAUGA